AAUACGAGUUGUGAGAGAUGGGAGGCGGCACCACGGGUUUUUAGCAACACUGCACCACAGAGAACAGACACAGUCAGGCUUUUUAUGAACGUUUAAUUACCUUCGCAGGUAGUAAUGCGGAAAACGGUCCUAUAAUGUGGGGACACAGAGACGUGGUCCAGACUUAACGCGGUUAGAGUAGAAUAGGGGGAAAAAAAAAAAAAACAUGGCUAAGCAAUGCUAGCUUCUCACACGCUAGCUAGGAUACCCCUUCGAGGCUCCUGUUCAGCUAGCUAAUCUGUCGCUGGCAAGCUAACGAAAGAAAAACAUAGCGUAAGAGUUACACGAUAAAACUUGGGGGGGAAAAAAGCCACCUUGUGUUGAAUAUUUGUCAUGUUCGCCUGUUCUGGCUCGGCGCUUACAGAGAGCAUGGAGACACCGGCUAGGACAGCAGCGACCACCGCCGACUUCACCGUGGAGAACGUAGAGAAGGCUCUGCACCAGCUGUAUUAUGACCCAAACAUUGAGAAUAAGAACCUGGCUCAGAAGUGGCUGAUGCAAGCUCAGAUCUCCCCUCAGGCCUGGCAGUUCUGCUGGGCUCUGCUCAGCCCUGACAAGGUCCCAGAGAUCCAGUAUUUUGGCGCCAGUGCCCUACACACCAAGAUUUCACGCUAUUGGGGUGACAUCCCUGCCGAGCAGUACGCCACUCUCAAGACACAGCUUUUCUCCCAGAUUGCCCUGUUUGCUUCAGGCUCUAAAAUUGUACUGACGCGGCUAUGUGUGGCCCUGGCUUCCCUGGCACUUAACACAAUGCCUGAGGCAUGGCCUGGUGCUGUUUCUGAGAUGGUGCGAGUCUUCCAGGAGGAGGGGAGCACUGUGGAUGGGCGCGCUCGCUGCCUGGCGCUACUCGAGCUCCUCACUGUGCUGCCCGAGGAGUUCCAGACGAGCCGGCUCCCGCAGUACCGCCGGGGGCAGGUCCGGGGCGCCCUGGGUCGAGAAUGGGCUUCUGUUUAUCCGUUGCUCCAGCAGCUACUCCGUCAAGCUGACUCGCCAGCGCCAGUAAAGGCGCGUGCACUUAAGUGCCUGUCCAGCUGGGCAUUGCUGGAUGUGCCGCUCAGCGAGAGCGAGGGUCUGCUGGAAGCCGGCUUUGCUGCACUGAAUGACCCUGAACUGUUUGAUGCUGCCGUGGAGGCCAUUGUCAAUGCCAUCUCACAACCUGACUCACAGAGGUAUCUGAACACACUACUGAAGCUGGUUCCGCAAGUGCUGCAGCUGCAGGAACAACUACAAGAAGCCGUGCAGAACGGAGAUAUGGAGACAUCACAUGGGAUCUGUCGAAUCGCUGUCUCCCUGGGAGAGAACCAUUCCAGGGCUCUCCUGGAGCAGGUGGAGCAUUGGCAGAGUUUCCUGGCACUGGUCAAUAUGAUUAUGUUCUGCACUGGCAUCCCUGGCCACUACCCUGUCAACGAGACCACAAGCUCUCUCACACUAACGUUCUGGUACACACUGCAGGAUGACAUCAUGUCAUUUGAGGCAGAGAAGCAGGCAGUGUAUCUACAGGUUUACAGGCCUGUGUACUUCCAGCUGGUGGAUGUGCUGCUCCACAAAGCCCAGUUCCCUAGUGAUGAGGAGUACGCCUCCUGGUCGUCUGAUGAGAAGGAGCAGUUCAGGAUCUACAGGGUGGACAUAUCUGACACCCUGAUGUAUGUCUAUGAGAUGCUGGGAGCAGAGUUGCUUAGUAACCUGUAUGACAAGCUAGGCAGGCUACUCACCAAUGCAGAUCAACCAACAUCCUGGCAGCAUACUGAGGCUCUGCUGUAUGGUUUCCAGUCCAUAGCAGAAACAAUAGAUGUAAACUACUCCGAUGUCAUUCCCGGGCUGAUCGGUCUCAUUCCCCGAAUCAACAUCAACAACGUACAGCUUGCGGAUACGGUCAUGUUCACUAUAGGAGCAUUGGCAGAGUGGUUAGCGGAUCAUCCAGUGAUGCUGAGCAGUGUGUUGCCGCUGGUGUUGCAGGCAUUAGGGAAUCCAGACCUUUCUAUCUCUAGUGUUUCCACCCUGAAGAAGAUCUGCAGGGAGUGCAGAUAUGACCUGCCACCCUAUGCGACAAACAUUGUUGCAGUGUCACAGGAAGUGCUUAUUAAACAGAUCCACAAGACGAGUCAGUGUAUGUGGCUGAUGCAGGCUCUCGGUUUUCUGUUGUCUGCACUGCCAGUAGAGGACAUUCUGCACAAUCUGCACUCUCUCAUCACACCCUACAUCCAGCAGCUGGAAAAACUGGCUCAAGAGACACCAAACCCCUCUAAUAAACUGGCUAUCAUCCACAUUUUGGGCCUGCUGUCGAACCUAUUUACUACCCUGGACAUCACCAAGCAGGAAGAAGAAUCUGGAGAAGGUGCACCACCUGUCAAAUCCAGCUCACCUCAAACCGGCCCCAACCCAGUAGUGGUGGUGUUGCAGCAGGUUUUUGCCCUUAUUCACACUGUUCUUAGUAAAUGGCUGAAUGACUCGCAGGUUGUUGAGGCUGUGUGCGCUAUCUUUGAGAAGUCAGUGAAGACUCUACUCCAUGACUUUGCUCCUAUGGUGUCUCAGCUGAGUGAGAUGCUGGGUCAGAUGUACAGCACUAUUCCACAAGCUUCUGCACUGGACCUCACACGUCAGAUGAUGCAUAUAUUUGCCAGUGAAUCAGACCACUUUCCUCCAAUCAAAGCCCUGUUUGAGCUGGUCACCUCCGUCACCCUCACCAUCUUCCAGCAAGGGCCCAGGGAUCAUCCUGAUAUUGUUGAUUCAUUUAUGCAACUCCAAGCUCAGGCUCUCAAACGGAAGCCCGAUUUAUUUUUAUCCGAGAAUCUUGAUGUUAAAGCGGUGUUCCACUGUGGAGUCCUGUCCCUCAAAUUUCCAGAGGCCCCUACUGUCAAGUCUACCUGCCUCUUCUUUACGGAGCUGCUGCCGCACUGUGCAGACGUCCCUCCUGUGGGCCAAAUUGUGCAGGAAGAUGGCAAACUCCUGUUGCUGGCUGUGCUGGAGGCAAUCGGUGGUCAGUCUUCACGCAGCUUGAUGGACCAGUUUGCAGAAGUGUUGUUCUCCAUGAAUAAACAUUGUUUCAGUCUGCUCACUGUGUGGCUGAAAGAGGCCCUGCAGUCUCCAGGCUUUCCCUCAUCCCGAGUCUCUGACUUACAGAAAGACACAUUCAGACAGCAGGUCCUUAGGGAGCGAGUGAAUAAGCGACGGGUGAAGGACAUAGUGAAAGAGUUCACUUUGGUGUGUCGAGGGCUGCAUGGCACAGAGUAUGCAGCAGAGUACUGAGUGCUGAAGUCCAAAGUGAUCCAAUUCUUAGCAGACACCCCUCCACCCCGCCCCGAAACCCAUACCUGAAUAAUAGCAUAGUGAAAGCCUGACAAAUGGAUUUUGUUCAGAGCAUGCACUGUAAGGACCUGACGAGGGCACUAUCUUUAAUACUUUUUUUUUUCUUUUUUUUUUUUUUCUUUCUCUUCCUGUGUCUUGCUCUCACCAGGCUGUUUGGACCCUCUUGGAAGUGGCCUGUACUGCUUUAUCUAAGCAGUAUUCAUAUAUGUCUUUCUCUCCUUUUCUCCCCUCGCCACUAUUUCAGCAUGUGCGUUGUUAACUUUCACCACCCCUUCACAACCCUUCUCACAUUCUUGAUCUUCCGUGGCUCCUAGGCUGUUUCUUUGUGAAUAUUUGCAAAAUUUAUCAACAAUGGAAAAGUGGUACUUAAAUGUUUUAUUUUGUAAUUUAAAGAUGCCAAUAUCUAACGUAAAAAUACACACACAUACAUGCAUACACACACACACACACACACACACACAUAUAUAUAUAUAUAUAUAUAUAUAUAUAUAUAUAUAUAUAUAUAUAUAUAUAUAUAACAUAAACACACACUUGUAUAUCUAUCAGAUUGUGGGAGGUGUAUGGAUGCUGCUGCUGCUGCUGACCAAGAGAGGGACCAAUAAUUUUUCUGUGGCUUUAUAUAUACAUGUCUGUAUAAUCCAACUAGCCUCCGCUUGUUACAUAAUUCGUUGGGGGGGCUGUGAACUUUGUCAGGAGUCAUAGUCUUUUUUUUUUUUUAUUUGUUUUGAAAAUGUAUUAUUUUAAUAUAUAAUAUAACAGCAGUGUACAUAAGACACACUUCCAUUAAAUUGUGAAAACAUGAGACUGAUCAUAAAACAAGUCCUGAUUUUAGUUUUCUGCCCUGUGUAUGAUGUCCUCGGGGGAAAGCUGCUGGGAAGCCCAUAAUGGCUGUGAAAUACACCUGUAGAUGUCCUUUUGUGUCUUUUUGGACAGAAAAAAUAUCCAGACCAUUAGAUAAAGAAAGGACAGCAGUUAACUGUGAGCUGUGCACACAACACUGUACAAGUGGUGGUGAUCAUUUAUUUCAGUCGUGAACAGACACUAUUUUGUGUGUAUCUUUGUACACAUGCAUGUGUCAUUGUACACUUGCUUUUCACAAUUGCAGCUUCUGUACACUGUUGAGUGCACUUAUCAAGGAACUGAACACAAGCUAUACUACAAGUCCCCUUGUGUUUGACAUUAGAGGCCCCUGAAUAAGACACUGCGGUGGCUGGGUGUCUUUCUGUCCCUGUCUACUGCCCAGCUGCUGCCUGCAAACAUGUAGCAUGUGUGUUGUUUUUGGGCAGGGGAAUCGGGCAUUCAGCAACAGAAUGUGUGCAUUAGGCAGGAUGGGAUGCUUCCUCUUCCUGCCAUUUUGUUUACCAUUGAUGAAUAUAUAUAUUAGAGAAGGGGAGGAGAAAGAUAAAAGAGGAGAACUGUACAUGAGUUUGUGUUUUCUUUUGUACCUUGUUUUAAUUUAUUAAAUAUAUCUAAGAUGGUA